UUUUUCUCUUCCCGCCGCCCAAGAUGCCGAAAGGAAAGAAGGCCAAGGGGAAGAAGGUGGCUCCGGCCCCUGCUGUCGUUAAGCAGGAGGCCAAGAAAGUGGUGAAUCCACUAUUUGAGAAAAGGCCUAAAAAUUUUGGCAUUGGACAAGAUAUCCAGCCCAAAAGAGACCUCACCCGCUUUGUGAAAUGGCCCCGCUAUAUCAGGUUGCAGCGGCAGAGAGCCAUCCUCUAUAAGCGGCUGAAAGUGCCUCCUGCAAUUAACCAGUUCACCCAAGCCCUGGACCGCCAAACAGCUACUCAGCUGCUCAAGCUGGCCCACAAGUACAGACCAGAGACGAAGCAAGAAAAGAAGCAGAGGCUGUUGGCCCGGGCCGAGAAAAAAGCGGCUGGCAAAGGGGACGUCCCCACUAAGAGACCACCUGUCCUCCGAGCAGGAGUGAACAGCGUCACCACCUUGAUGGAAAACAAGAAAGCUCAGCUGGUGGUGAUUGCACACGAUGUGGAUCCCAUUGAGCUGGUUGUCUUCUUGCCUGCCCUCUGUCGUAAAAUGGGAGUCCCUUACUGCAUCAUCAAGGGGAAGGCAAGACUG